ACGGCAGCAGCAUCAGCGGAGCAGUGAAACAAACAGACUGCUGGUUCAAAAAUAAGAAAGAAAUCUCCUAAACAAUGAAACCGUCGAUGAAUUUCACUGCAGAAUACUAAUAAAAAACAGUUCGCUGUACAUUUAAAUUCAAUGACGUAAGGUUGCUGGGUUAAAGCUGAGGUUAGCAGCUCGCUAGCGACAGAAGGGCUGUGUCAUUGAGAACCAGGACACGUCAGGACGAGGAAGAAAACGCUGGGAAGCUGCCGCUCAGCUCCAUUCUGUAAUCCUGACAGAAUAAAAAGCCCAUAUUUUCUAGAUUGUUCUUUAAAUCCAGUUGUCAUUGAGCAUACAGUUUGAGGUGUCGCAUUGGAGUGGAUCUUCUUCCAGUCAUCGCCUUGGACCAAGGGUAGCCAGUAAGGAUAAGAAUCUGUGUGGCAGUCCUGACCGGAAACCAUAAAUGGGGGAUUACGGGUUUGGAGUCUUGGUGCAAAACAACACUGGCAACAAGUCCGCUUUCCCUGUACGAAUUCACCCGCACCUGCAGCCUCCUCACCAUCACCAGAACGUGAGCCCAAACGCCGCUGCUUUCAUAAAUAGUACCACAACUGGGAAUGGCAGCACCGGGGGCUCUCCUUGGCUCUUCCCGGCAACCACAGCCCAUAACAACAUACAAGAUGAAAUCCUUGGUACUGAGAAGCCAAAAGUCCAACAACAGGAGCUGCAAGAAACGCAAGAGAAGCAGCAGCAGCAACAGCUCUCCCCGGCUCAUCAGGACAGCAGUAUCAUUUCGGAGCUGGAGAAGGCACGAUCUGAAGACAGCAAACCUGAGAACGGCCCAUCUGAGGGCACUAAUGGCAAAGAGAAGCUGCGCCUCGAAUCUCCUGUGCUGCCACCCUUUGACUAUCAAGAACCUUCAGUCCAGUCUAGCACAUCCUCAUCCUCCUUGACCAGCUUCAACAACUGGUCACCUGCUAUAGCACCCACUCCAUCAGCUAUUGUCAAUGAGGAUGUGGGCUUCUUCAACGCAGCUAGCAAUGGCCCGUUGCUGUUCCAGAACUUCUCGCAUCAUGUAGGCCCAGGCUUUGGUGGCAGCUUCUCUCCUCAGAUUGGCGCCGUCUCGCAACACCAUGCUCCUCCACCCCAUCCGCACUUCCAGCACCAGCAGCACCGCCGCUCUCCAGCCAGCCCCCACAACCCUCCACCCUUUCCCCAUCGCGGUGCCACCUUCGGCCAGCUUCCUCAUCUCUCCAGUGGCCUGAGCAAGCCACCCUCACCCUGGGGUGCAUAUCCAAGCCCUUCACCCUCACCUUCUUCAGCCUCCUGGAGUCCAGGUGGUGGUGCCUAUGGUUCCGGAUCUGGCUGGGGUGGUUCUCGCGGAGCUGACUUCCGCCGUGGCUUGAAUGGUGCCGUGACGCCACUUAGCUCUGUCUCACCGCUCAAGAAGACCUUCCCGAACAAUCAUUCAGCCUCGCAGAAGUAUCCCCGCCCUGGCGCUGCCUUUAAUCCCAAAACUUGGAUGGAUGAGACCGUUGGGCGUAGUGACAACGUCUUUCCCUUCCAGGAACGCAAUCGAUCAUUCGACGGCUUCAGCAUGCACUCUCUGGAGAACUCACUUAUUGACAUCAUGCGGGCUGAGCAGGACACUCUGAAAGGUCGCCUUGGAUUUGCACACCCAGGAGGGGACAGCCCUUUGCCCAUAAAUGCAAGGAAUUAUGGAAGGCGACGAGGUCACUCGUCCUUGUUCCCCAUGGAGGACGGCUUUCCUGAUGAGGAGAGGGCUGAGCAGAGCCUACCCGGUCUGGGAUCUCCUCACUGUUUCCCUCAUCAGAAUGGAGAGCGAGUGGAGCGCUAUUCGCGCAAGGUCUUUGUGGGUGGCCUUCCCCCUGACAUAGAUGAAGAUGAGAUUACUGCUAGCUUCCGCCGCUUUGGACACCUGUUUGUGGACUGGCCUCACAAGGCUGAAAGCAAGUCUUACUUUCCACCAAAAGGCUAUGCGUUCCUUCUGUUCCAAGACGAGAGCUCUGUACAGGCUCUGAUCGAUGCUUGUAUUGAAGAGGAUGGCAAGCUCUACCUGUGUGUGUCCAGCCCCACCAUCAAGGACAAACCUGUCCAGAUCCGCCCCUGGAAUCUAAAUGAUAGUGACUUUGUGAUGGAUGGAUCUCAGCCGCUGGAUCCCCGAAAGACCAUUUUUGUGGGUGGAGUACCUCGCCCUCUUCGUGCAGUGGAGCUGGCUAUGAUCAUGGACAGGCUGUAUGGUGGCGUGUGCUAUGCAGGGAUCGACACAGACCCGGAGUUGAAAUACCCUAAAGGAGCAGGGCGGGUCGCAUUCUCUAAUCAGCAGAGUUACAUUGCUGCUAUCAGCGCUCGUUUUGUACAACUGCAGCAUGGCGAGAUCGAUAAACGGGUUGAAGUGAAGCCAUACGUCUUGGACGACCAGCUGUGUGACGAGUGCCAGGGCACACGGUGCGGAGGCAAGUUCGCGCCUUUCUUCUGCGCCAACGUCACGUGCCUCCAGUAUUACUGUGAAUACUGCUGGGCGGCCAUCCACUCGCGUGCAGGCCGGGAGUUCCACAAACCACUGGUGAAGGAGGGCGGCGACCGACCUCGCCACAUCUCUUUCCGCUGGAAUUGAGGUGAUGCAGGCAGGCAGGGAGAGAGAUGGGGGAGAGGAGAGAAGGCUGGGAGUCGCAAAAUCAUCGUCUAAAUAAAUGCACUUUCUGUUGCUGUUUCCUUUUUAAUUUAAUCAAAACAAAAAUGGCAUUGUUUAAAUUUGAGGUGGAUGUAGCCAGAAAAAAAAAUUUGAUUCAAUUUCUAUGGUGAAAGUUGAGUACUGGAAAUUUGUUAUUGGUAUCUGUGUGACUUAAAUUGGCUAUUUGCGAAUAGAAUUGGUAGUAUUGUGUUGUAGUUUGAUUUCAUUUAAGAGGAUACAGAGCAGACAUGAAAAGCUGUCGCUUAAAGAGUGCACUUAUUAUUUUAAAUAGUGUGCAGAUGCAGUUUAAGAGCCCAGGGUUUUAACCAAAGCUAAACCACAAUUGAUUUUUAAUAACAGCCAAACAAGUGCAAAAACGAAAUCCUUUAACAAAAUCAAACAUUCAAAAUUUGAGACCAUGCUAAUCUCUAAUGCCAUUUUUAAAGCGAUCGAUUACGCAUCUGGGCUUAAUCUCCAUUAUACAUGCAAGAAAACUUAUACCUCAAGCUUAGCUGCUAGUUUUUAAAGCAAAAUGUAGAAACCAAGCUGGUCUCCCCCUUUACAUGCAGACCACAGAAAGGAAAGAAUAUCGUGCUGUCACUGCUUAAUUACAAAAUAUUGAAAAUGAUACAAAGCAUUUUACUCCUGAAUGUACGGCAUUAAACAUUCAGCAGCAUUUUCAUUCUUGGUGGCCCUACAGAACUAAACCAGUUUGUCUUUUGUCUUUUAACGUGUGCUAAUUUCCAGGCCUUUAUUCAGAAAACAAACCCUUUAGCCGACCGAUUACACCUUUCUAAUGGCAAACAAGAGUAGGGCUGAAGUGCCGGAAACUUAUCCCUUCUGUUCUGCAGCACCUGUGCCCAAUCAGCCUGAGUUUUGAAGCAUAACUGAAGGUAGUCCACAUCACAUACCCCUUCACUCACACACACACACACACACACACACACACACACACGUCUUCAGGUCUUCCACUCUGACCUGCAAGCUAGUUUUACUUUCAGACGUUAGGGAACCAAAGACGGAUGUGCAGUAGUGAGCAGGAUCACAGCUCACGUAUUUCUUCAUUUCCCUCCAAGUCUCAUUUCAGUCGAUUACUUUUGCCCCACACCUCACCCCCCCUUCGCUAUUUAAGACCAGACAAACCCCACCGAACCAAAGAUUGGCCUUGAAUCCAUAAGCAUGCAGUCAGAAUCCAGAGUAACACUAGUGAAAAAUAAAAAAAUCUAAAUAAAAAUAAACAAAAAAAUAACACUGAGCCUAGUGCACGCUGGCUUUUCCACAAGUUCACCUGCUUCUUUUCCAAAGGUCAAAAAAAGGAGGCGUUUGUAGUUCAGAAGUCGGGGAUCAUUUAGAGGAGUUUGUGCUAGCUGUCGGAUUUUAAAGCUCAAACCUGAUGCUUUAAAUCUUCGCAUCUAGUCGAUGGUUGAUUCCAGACUUUCAGGACCUGAUUGUGCUAGUAUAUAAAAAGUCAGGGAAAUAGUUAUGAAUUAGAAACUUCUUACACUAGUGAGAAACGUAUCCUCGCGCUGGCUUGAUGUUGGUCCAGUGCACCCACGCAGCGCCACCACUUUAAGCUUGUGGGUGUGGUGGUUAUACAUUUUAGAAGUUAAAACUCUUUUUGAAGAAUUUGCUGUUAAUGAGAUAAAGAUUAUUUUCUACAUGGCCUAAUGAUUUUUGGUACAGUGUUUUCUAGCUAAAUUAUUUUGUCAUGCACAUAUAAACAUUUAUUAUGCACUACUUUUCUAAAUACUUUAGUUUUUUUUCAACAGUCAUUUUAGGCACAUUUUUCACAAAUGGGAAAACUCCUUUUUGCAAUACCUCAAUUUUUCGCAUUGUGAAAGGUAGCUUUUGUACUUUUGUUACUGAGAGAUCUGCAUAUAUGGAAAUUUUCAUUUAAGAGAAAAAAGACAAGUGAUUUUAAUAUAUAUUAUUUUCAAUUAUGCUUUUUAUACAUUUCAGUGCUGAGGAAUCUUUACAACUAAGCGCACACUUGCGUUGAUGCGACUUCAAAUCUGCAGAGGUUAGAUCAAAGUAUAUAGCUUAAGGUCUUGGAUCUUGUACACUAGACUUUAAUGACAAUAUAUGUAAAAAAAUACAUUUAAAAACGCAUGGCAAGAACAAGUUGUCAUUAACUUAAUGUUAAUAUUUAAAACUGUUAUUCUAGUUGGAAAAAUAACGUGUCAUUUUGGUUUCCUCUCCAUAGCUGGAAUAUAAACUAUAAUCUAAGUAAGGAGAAUGCUAAAUUUGGAUGACUCACGUAUCACAAGAAUGGAUGUUUGAUGUUUAGAUAUUUUACCAUUUGAAAACUAUAUAUUCUUGAACUGCCAACUAGCUCCUAUUGUAAUCCUUAGCAUGCAUGAUGACAAAAAUAAGUACAUAAAUUAACUAUUAAAAUUAAUUGUUGUGGUUGUGCACCAGAUGUUUCUAAACUUUUAAUUUUUUAAGGACACCCUGCACCCUCUUGUAUAUUAUUCUCUUAUGCCUUCCCCAUAAUCCAGUAUGUUUAGGACACACAGGAAAAAAAGCAAACUUAUAAGCGUAAAGAGAACUUUGGAGAGAACUAAAACGUUAGCCGUGCAGGGCAAGAGCAUCUUAUCAGACACUGUUGAAAAGACUUGAGAACUUCAUCCCUACUGUCUGUCUGAAGUUAAAUCAGAAACCUAUUUGGAGGAAGGGGAACUUUAAGACUUGAAUGUGGUAAAUGUUGCAAGUUAACUUCGAGUUGUUAUGUGCAAUACUUUUUUUGAACUUUUUUCCAGAUAAAGACUCUUUGCAAUGUAAUUCUUUAAUGCCAUUUUUAAUUGCUGACAUUUAAAAGAAGAUGUUGAUAUGUUUUUCACAGUCAUUUUCUACUGUUAUUGUAAUCCUUUUCAUGCUGGUGUUUGUAAAAAAGAAAAGAAAUCAAAACUAUUUGUACUAAUAUAAAAUAAUUGAAGUUAUUUUUAAAACAUUAAAGGUUUUUGUGCUCAUUUGCUUAUUUUGUUUAUUUCAAGCUACUGUGAUUGCAUUGUAAUUAUUAGGUCAAUAAUGUAUUUAGCUGUUUAUUGGUAUAUUUUUAAUUGGAAUGUAUAAUUAAUUUUUAUAAUUUUGAUCAGAUUUUUUGUUAUAUUUUUGAGGUGAAGCUUUUAAUAUGUUAAAGUGUCUAGUUUUUACUAAUUGCUAUAUUGUGCUCCACAAUAUAUGGUUCACAUUUUCUGAAGGAAAAUAAAUAUUUAAAUAUCUGUCUGUUAAUGAUGUUACUUAAUGGCUAAAUUUCAAUAGUUUUUAACUGUGUAUGGGAAGGUUGUUGUAUUUAUUAAUAGCAUUUUUUACUUAAGAUAUCACCUUAAUUUGUAUUGUCAUUUCACUUUAUAAGUUCCUAUUUUUGUAUUUUCCUUUGUAAUUAAGUUAUGUUAUACAAAUGUCCAUAUUCUAGCAGUUGGUCUGUAAGUGCUAGUAAAACAAAAAGAAAAAUCUAAUGUUAUUUAAUUGUUUGCAGCCAACUAUUUAUAACAAUAUGCAUAAUUUUUAAAUAUUUGUAAUGUGAAAUGUUGAAUGAAAUAAAUCUUAACUGUGACAAGGCA